GUUGUUCGUCAAAGUGUUGCACAAAACUCUACUCAGAAGGUGCUUUCCUUUACUACGACUACCCUGGAUGACAUUCUAAAGUCAUUUUCUGAUGUCAGUGUUAUCAGAGUAGCUAGUGGCUACUUACUAAUGCUUGCCUAUGCCUGUUUAACAAUGCUGCGGUGGGUUGUGGGGCUGGCAGGAAUCUUCUUGGUUGCUCUCUCAGUGGCUGCAGGAUUGGGUCUGUGCUCAUUGAUUGGAAUUUCCUUUAAUGCUGCCACAACUCAGGUUUUGCCUUUUCUUGCUCUUGGAGUUGGUGUAGAUGAUAUAUUCCUUCUGGUACAUGCAUUUAGUGAAACAGGCAAGAAUAAGAAAAUUCCAUUUGAGGACAGAACAGGUGAAUGUUUGAAGCGAACAGGAGCAAGUGUAGCCCUUACAUCUAUCAGCAAUGUUACUGCUUUCUUUAUGGCUGCCUUAAUCCCUAUUCCUGCUUUACGAGCAUUUUCACUCCAAGCAGCAGUUGUGGUGGUAUUCAACUUUGCUAUGAUUUUGCUGAUUUUUCCUGCUAUACUGAGCAUGGAUCUUUAUCGUCGGGAAGACAGGAGACUGGAUAUAUUCUGCUGUUUUACAAGUCCAUGUGCCACUAGAGUGACUCAGAUUGAGCCUCAAGCAUAUGUGGAAAACAGUGAUAAUACUUGCUACAGUCCUCCACUCCCAUACAGCAGCCACAGUUUUGCAUAUGAAACUCGGAUUACGAUGCAGUCUACAGUGCAGUUGCGCACAGAAUACAAUCCUCAUGCACAGGUGUACUACACCACAGCAGAGCCUUGCUCAGCAAUAUCUGUGCAGCCAGUGACAGUGACACAAGAUAAUCUCAGCUGCCAGAGCCCAGAAAGCACAAGCUCGGCAAGAGAUUUGCUUUCCCAAUUCUCAGACUCCAGUAUGCAUUGCCUUGAGCCACCCUGUGCUAAAUGGACACUCUCAUCUUUUGCAGAAAAGCAUUAUGCUCCAUUCCUCCUAAAACCAAAAGCUAAGAUUGUGGUUAUUUUUCUUUUUCUGGGUUUACUUGGGAUCAGCCUUUAUGGAACUACCCGGGCUAGAGAUGGACUGAAUCUCACAGACAUUGUGCCACGAGAAACCCAGGAAUAUGACUUUAUUGCAGCACAGUUCAAGUAUUUCUCUUUCUACAACAUGUAUGUAGUGACACAGAAAGCAGACUAUCCCAAUGUCCAGCACUUACUUUAUGAACUUCACAAAAGUUUCAGUAAUGUGACAUACAUUUUGUUGGAAGAGGAUAAGCAGCUUCCCAAAAUGUGGUUGCACUACUUUCGAGAUUGGCUGCAAGGACUUCAGCAUGCAUUUGACAGUGACUGGGAAGCUGGGAAAAUUACUUACAACAAUUAUAGAAAUGGAUCCGACAGUGCUGUUCUGGCUUACAAACUCUUGGUGCAAACAGGCAACCGAGCAAAGCCCAUUGACAUCAGCCAGUUGACUAAACAGCGUCUGGUGGAUGCGGAUGGAAUCAUUAACCCAAAUGCUUUCUACAUCUACCUGACAGCCUGGGUUAGCAAUGACCCUGUGGCCUAUGCUGCCUCGCAAGCCAACAUCCGUCCUCAUCGCCCAGAGUGGGUCCACGACAAAGCAGACUAUAUGCCAGAAACAAGGCUGAGAAUUCCAGCAGCUGAGCCCAUAGAAUAUGCUCAGUUUCCUUUCUACCUCAAUGGAUUGCGUGAAACUUCUGACUUUGUGGAAGCUAUCAAGAAAGUGAGAGCUAUCUGUAAUAACUAUGACGGCCUGGGGAUUGCCAACUACCCAAAUGGUUACCCAUUUCUAUUUUGGGAGCAGUAUAUUGGGCUUCGUCACUGGCUCCUCUUAUCCAUUAGUGUGGUUUUGGCUUGCACAUUUCUGGUCUGUGCCCUCUUCCUCCUGAACCCUUGGACAUCUGGAAUCAUUGUAGUGAUGCUGGCUCUGAUGACUGUGGAGCUGUUUGGCAUGAUGGGUCUAAUUGGAAUAAAGCUGAGUGCAGUGCCUGUGGUUAUCCUGGUUGCUUCUGUUGGCAUUGGUGCAGAAUUCACUGUUCAUGUUGCUUUGGCAUUUUUAACUGCCGUAGGAGACAAGAACCGUAGGGCUGUCCUUGCACUGGAACAUAUGUUUGCACCAGUGUUGGAUGGAGCUGUGUCCACUCUGUUUGGAGUGUUAAUGCUCGCAGGAUCAGAGUUUGAUUUUAUUGUCAGGUAUUUUUUUGCUGUUUUGUCAAUCUUAACCAUUUUGGGAGUUCUCAAUGGAUUGGUGCUGCUUCCUGUUCUUCUUUCACUCUUUGGACCGUACCCUGAGGUUUCUCCAGCCAGUGGACGAAACAUAUUACCUACUCAAUCUUCUGAGCCACCCCCCAGCAUCACGAGGUUUGCACUGCCACCCGGGCACACAAAUAAUGGGUCAGAUUUCUCUGAUUCUGAGUACAGCUCUCAAACUGUAGUGUCAGGCAUCAGUGAAGAGCUCCAUCAGUAUGAGGCUACUCAAGGUUCUGGGGCACCAGUCCAUCAAGUAAUAUCGGAAGCCACUGACAAUCCUGUCUUUGCAAGAUCCACUGUGGUUCAGCCGGAGACAAGGUAUCAGUCAAGUCCCAGAUUGCAGUCGAAUCCAGAGUCUGGCACUCAGCAGGCACAGAAUCAGGGCAGGCAACUAAAAUGGGAAACAAGGGAAGGGCUGCGACCACUUCCUUACUGCCCUCGCAGUGAUGCUUUUGAAAUUUUGGCUGAGUGGCAUUCAGGACCUAGCAAUAGGGGUUGCUUGGGCCACAAGGCUCAUUCUCAUAACAUGAGAAGCCCGGUGUUUGGUGCCAUGAGUGCCUCAGGACCAGCCUACUGUCAGCCUAUCACUACUGUGACUGCCUCAGCUUCAGUGACUGUUGCUGUCCACCCUGUCACGCACAACCACAACUCUUGGGGAGGGAGCUUUCUGUCCUACAAAGGAUACUAUGAAGCUGAUCAUGGGUCAUUUGAGAACCCCCACAUGCCUUUUGAAAGAAGAAAUGCUAAACUAGAAUUUAUAUACAAUAUCUAUUAA